UUCAAUAAAAACAAAAUGAAGCUCAUCACACACAACUUUCUGACAUCAAACAUCAUCAAAGGGGUUAAGAACGGCUACCCUCUGGGUAUUUUGCCAGCAAAAGUUGAAGUGAAAGAUGUGGAGUUUAAUCCUGCUUUCAUAACAAGAAUGUUACCAAAAGUAGACUGGGUAGCACUCCAGAAAGCUGCUAAAGAGUGUGGAUAUGGAGAAGGAUUACCAGAUGCUAUCAAAGAUGAAUUGAUGGAAGACACAGACUUUCUGAAAAAAGUCCACAAUGCCUUGAUGGAGGUUGAGGUGAUAGAAGGUAAGCUGGUCUGUCCAGAAUCUGGCCGGGAAUUCCCCAUCAAUAAUGGCGUCCCUAACAUGUUACUAAAUGAAGACGAAGUGUGAAAAAUCAAGACAAAAACUGGACUGUCAUGAAUGAUUGUGUGGAUAACUUGAGUGAAAGUGUGAUUAAGACUUGAAGAAUUUUUUACGAAUUCAGGAUGCUUGUGACUUGUGUUGUUAUAAAUGUUGUUAAUUUGUAGAUAUUGUUGAGUGCAAUGUGAAAUUGUUUGGUCAGACAGAUUUUUGAAUUUUUAAGUUCUGUCUAAAACAACAAAAGUGAGAAUAUACAAGAAACAGAAAUUUCAUAAAGUUCAUGUACUUGUUUUAUCAUAUACAAAUGUGUUCGUUUUUAUGUGAUUCCUUUUAAUUAUUAAAUCCAAAUUAAUAAAGAAACAUCUUGCAGAAUGCUAAA